GUGCGCACGCGUCACCGGAAGUUUACAUCGACAUGUAGGAACCUGCCAACUGAAAACAGUGAAGCAUUCUUGAAAUAAAUGGAACGAUCGAGAAAUAUCUAGGCAAUUUAAUGAGUAUUUUAUCUUGAAUUCCAGAUGCCUUUGAUUCAGGUGUAGAUCAGAGAGUGAUACCGACCAAGUACAGAGUGAUAUUUUAGGUCAGAAUGGCUUUAACAGGGAAUAUGGUAUCAGCUUUAGCUGAGAUACUCAAACCUCCAGAAAAUGCAGACUCUGACAGUGAUCUGGACGAUGAAGCGCCUAACACACAGUUUUCUAAAAUGGGUCCAGGAGAAAUUGGGCCAAAAAAGAAUGAUGGAAGUAGUAGUGAGCAAAAACAGGCCACUAAAACUAACACUAAAGAUAUCUGGACAGAGGAAGAGAUUGGUGAGGGGGCCGAAUUUGAAUCGCUCUACGACCCUCGGCCACAACCAGAGUAUGAUAUCCUGUACAAGCAGGCAGUGACGUCGGAGGACAUGUUUCUACAGAUGGGAAAUAAGAACCCAGCUACAGCCAGCUGUGAGGACAUGGUGGUAAAGGUUAAGUUACCCGACACAAAGAUAUCGGACAUGACCCUAGAUGUGAAGUCAAAGUUCCUGGAUUGUAGGACUCCAAAACUGAAGCUGGGGCUCCACCUGCCUCACCCAGUGGACCAUGAGUCUGGUAAAGCCAAAUGGGAUGCAGAUAAGAGUGAGUUGUCGGUCACGCUCAGAAUGAGGCGGGAUCUAGACUUCAUGAACUUCUGAUCCCUGGCUAAGGGAUGCAAAACACAAUUGGGGCGUCCAAGGUGUACACCAGAACACAUGAAGGUCUUCAAUUUAUUUGUUGAAUCAAAAAUUAUGUCAUAGAAAAAUUAAAUUUCACAGAGAUUAGGAUAAAUUUGACAAGGAAAUCCUUUUCUAUCCAGAUACCUGUUAUCUGGUUUGGUGGCUGCACAUUCAAUUGACCCUAGAUAUACUCAUUUCGAGAGUCAAAACAUUUUGUCAAGGGUCUACUGGAUCUUCUGUGGCUGCUCCGAUAUAAUGACAAAUUCUGUAGUUAAAAUUGACAAAUUCAAGACCAGCAGAGUUUUCAUUAUUAGAAUACACUAAAUACAGUGUUUUAGCUGAUCAGUAGGUCAAUAAAUUGAAAUCACUUGUCAAUAUCAGAUAAAUAUUUUACUUCAUCAUUUAAUAUUUUGCGUUGUGUUCACAUUCACACUGAUAUAUUUAUCUCAUCUAAUGAAAAAAUCGUCAUUGUGAUACUGUAUAUUGAUCAAGUAACAUUCUACAAAGUGGUGUGUAUAUUGCAUAUCAAUCUAUCCGUCCAUUUGAAUAUGUUUCAUUGUAGAGCUAUACUGAAUUAAAUGCUAAAGACAUUUACAUUUGUUUAACAGAUAGAAUUUAUAAUACUGUAACUUAUUUUUUUAUUUUAUCACAUUAACUGAUACAUGUUUUGACAACAAUAUGACUGUCCAUGGUAAAUUACCACAUUCCAACUCAUGUUGUACAAUGUUUUGUUGUGUUAUAUUAAAUAUUGAUAAAGUCAA